UCCUCAGUCUGGCGCACCAGCUGCGAGGAGGCAGCGGGGAACAGAGAACAAGGGACACAACUUGCAUUUCUCCAAGCUUAACUUGUGCACUUGGCUUUGUUAACAAGAAACUUAAAACCUUAAAACUUAACCUUGUAAUUCAGGUUUUUCCGCAAAAUGACUGGUAGCCCCCUGACAGGGUUACUGGUUGCGCUUUGCGUAAGCAGCGCAGUCCACGGCUUGCCAAAGAGCAAAAGACAAACGGGCCAGUAUCAGGUGUAUCCUGACCUCCGUGACGCAGCGGCCGUUACUCCAGUCGGCUGUGAGGAAAACGGUCGAUCGUUCAGGCCGAACGAGCAGUGGGAGAAAGUCUACCGCGGUAGUACACUGGUGUGCACCUGCAAUGGAGCAGCAGGCAUCAAAUGUAAAACUAAGCCCGAAGUGGAGGAGACCUGUUAUGACAAGUACAAUGACCGGACAUACCGAGUCGGUGAAACCUACGAGAGACCGAAGGACGGGAUGAUGUGGGACUGCACCUGUAUUGGUUCUGGUCGGGGCAAGAUCAGCUGUACCAUUGCAAAUCGUUGCCAUGAAGGUGGGAGGUCUUAUAAAAUCGGGGACACUUGGCAGAGGCCUCAUGACACAGCUGACUACAUGCUGGAGUGCGUGUGUCUCGGAAAUGGCAAAGGAGAGUGGACCUGCAAACCUGUGGCUGAGCGCUGCUACGACAACACCGCUGCAUCUUCGUAUGUCGUGGGGGAGACCUGGGAGAAACCCUACCAAGGCUGGAUGAUGCUGGACUGCACCUGUCUAGGAGAGGGAAAUGGACGCAUCACGUGCACCUCAAGGAACCGCUGCAAUGACCAGGACACCAGGAGGUCCUAUCGUAUUGGAGAUACAUGGACAAAGACGGACACAAGCGGACACCUCCUGCAGUGUCAGUGUUUAGGAAACGGCCGUGGAGAGUGGAAGUGUGAGAGACACAACGCAGGCAGAACCACGGGUGCAGUCGUGUUGACCCCCACCCAUACAAAGCAGCUGACCGAGCUCUCCACCGAGGGGACGUGCCGCACAGACUCAGGAGCCACCUACUACGAUGGGCAGCGUUGGUUCAGAAGCCAAGGCAGCAAGCAGAUGAUCUGUACCUGUCUGGGCAAUGGAGUGAGCUGUCAGGAGUGGGAGGCCAGGAACCAGGCAUAUGGUGGCAACUCUAAUGGUCAGCCAUGCGUGUUCCCUUUUGUCUUCAUGGGAAAGACGUAUUAUUCCUGCACCUCAGAUGGACGCACAGAUGGGCAGCUCUGGUGCUCUAUAACCUCAAACUACGAGAAAGACCAGCAGUACUCUUUCUGUACCGAGAAGAAUGCCAUUGUGACAACACUUGGUGGAAACUCCAACGGCGCCCUGUGCCACUUCCCCUUCCUCUACAGCGGCCGUAACUACACCGACUGUACCGCUGAUGGGCGCCGUGAUGGCAUGAGAUGGUGUGGUACCACCCAUGACUACGACACGGACCAGCGCUUUGGAUUUUGUCCCAUGGCUGCCCACGAGGAGCUGUGUACCACCAGCGACGGAGUGAUGCACCGCGUAGGCGACAAAUGGGACAAACGCCAUGAUGUCAUGGGUCACAUGAUGGAGUGCACAUGUCUGGGCAACGGUCGUGGGGAGUGGAGCUGUGUUGCUUACUCACAGCUGCGAGACCAGUGCAUUGUUGACGGCUUGUACUAUGAAGUGAACCAGGAAUUCUCAAAGCGCCACGACGAGGGCUACAUGAUGAACUGCACCUGUUAUGGACAGGGACGUGGACGCUGGAAGUGUGAUGCAAUUGAUCAGUGUCAGGAGCCACAAACCAGGGCCUUCUACCAGAUCGGAGAGACGUGGGACAAAGUCAUUCAUAACAUCCACUACCGCUGUUAUUGCUAUGGCAACGGGAUUGGAGAGAUGAGAUGUGAACCUCAGCAGACCUACCAAGAUGGCCACAGACCUGUCCAGGUCAUCAUCACAGAGGCAGGAAAGCAGCCGGACUCCCACCCCAUUCAGUGGAACGCGCCUUCAUCCGUCCACAUUACCCAGUACAUCCUCAAAUGGAGAAUUAAAAAUACCCGCGGGCCCUGGAGGGAGAUUACAGUCCCUGGCCACAUCAACUCUUACACCAUCAGUGGGCUGCGUCCAGGCGUCACCUACGAGGGUCAGCUGAUCAGCAUCCUGCACUACGGACGCCGCGAGGUCACACGCUUCGAUUUCACCACUACCCAUGGUUCCUUGGAGACAUCGGAGGGAGAGACGGCCCAGCCGGCCCGAGUGGUGGACACCUCUGAGUCGGUGACAGAAAUCACCUCGAACAGUUUCGUCGUGUCGUGGACGUCAGCUUCCUCUACCAUCUCUGGCUUCAGGGUGGAGUAUGAGCUCAGUGAGGAUGGCGCCAAGCCGAAAGUCCUGGAUGUCCCUCGCACAGCCACCUCUGUCGCCAUCAGUGACCUCCUGCCAGGACGCAGAUACAACGUCAAUGUCUACGAGCUUCCAAAUCAGGGAGAGCCAAACCUCAUUCUGGCUACUUCUCAGACCACAGCUCCUGACACCCCUGCUCAGCAUGCAGUCGAUGAAGUGGGAGAGACCUCUAUCCGAAUCAGAUGGACCAGGCCUCAGGCUCCCAUUACUGGGUAUCGUGUGGUGUACACACCUUCAGUGGAAGGCAGCAGCACUGAGCUGAACCUGCCAGUAUCAGAGACCUCAGUGAACCUGGUUGACCUCCGGCCCGGUCUUCGUUACAACAUCAGCAUCUACGCUGUGGAGGAGGACCUGGAGAGUGAACCUGUUUUUGUCCAGGUCAACACAGCUGGAUCUCCUUUACCAGAGGAGGUCCCGGCACCCACAGACCUGCAGUUCUAUGAUGUUACGGAUGUAAAGAUCAGCAUCACCUGGACCGGUCCACCCAGUGAGGUGACCGGUUACAGGGUGACCUUCUCUCCUGUUGGUCCUGAUGGCACUGAGAUGAGGCCCCUGCCCCUUCCGAUCUCUCCCAAUGCAUAUGCUGAUAUCACUCACUUGCAGCCGGGAACACUGUACCGCUUCUACAUCUACGCUAUCAAUGGUGGAGUGGAGAGUGAGCCGCUUGUGGGAGAAAAGUCUACCAAACCUGAUUCGCCCACCGAUGUACGUUUCAGCGACAUUGGCCCUGACAGAGCUUUGGUCAUCUGGGAGGCUCCGCGCGCCGUCGUCACUGGCUAUCGUCUCUUCCUGAGCAUUGAGGGCUCCAACCCCGUUGAGAAGAGGAUCCCGGGCAGGGUCACCCAGUACCCUUUGAGGAAUUUACGUCCAGACACCAGAUACACUGCCAUCCUCCACUCUGAGCUGGACAAUGAGCUCAGCGAGGGCGUCACCUCAUAUUUUACCACCACUCCUCAGAUGGGAAAUGCUCCUCCUUUCAGCACUGAAGUCACUGAUACCUCUAUCAUCAUCACCUGGAUACCUGUCCAUAGGUUCAGCUACAAGCUGUCUGUGCUCCCCAGCCAGGAAGGUGAGUCUCCCAGAGAGGAGACUUCUGACUCUGGCCGUAUUUAUAUUCCUGGCCUAAUUCCUGGGACUCAGUACACCUAUAGUGUUCAGCCCAUUUUCAACGGACGCAACCGUGGAAACCCCAUCACCCGUAAUGUUGUCACUUCCCUUUCUCCUCCCACUGACCUCAGAGUGGAGUCCAGCCCAGACACAGGAGAUCUCACUGUCCACUGGGUAGCCUCCAAAACACCAGACAUCACAGGCUACAGAGUGACAAGCACGCCAACCAACGGCCAGCGAGGAGACUCCCUGGAAGAGUUUGUCCGAGCUGAUCAAACCUACUGCAUGCUAGAGAGCCUGAAUCCAGGGGUUGAGUACAACAUCAGUGUAUUCACUACCAAGGGUCAUUUGGAAAGUGUGCCCGUGUCCACUGUUGUCACACCAGACAUCCCCACACCAAGUCACAUUGACUUUGUCGACAUUACUGACACCACCAUUGGCCUGCGCUGGAUCCCACUGAACUAUACUACGAUUACUGCUUACCGGAUAACGGUGGUAGCGUCAGGCGAGACCUUGCCAAUUUUUCAAGAUAUGGUGGAAGCAUCUGCUGGUUAUUACACAAUUCGUGGUUUGGAGCCAGGAGUGGACUAUGACAUCGUUAUCCUAACUGUUACAGAAGAUGGGGAAAGCGAGCCGACCACACACACAAAGCAAACACAAGCUGUCAUUCCUGCUCCCACCAACCUACAGUUCGGAGGGGUGGGUCCUGACCACAUUAGGGUGACAUGGACGGUCCCCCAUGUUGCCGCACCAAGCGACAUCUCACGGUUUGUCAUCCGUUACCACCCCGUGGCCACAGAUGACGACAUCAAGGAGGUUAAUGUCGGCGGAGCCACCAACACUUUCCUGCUGCAGAACUUGCUGCCCAACACCGAGUACCACAUCAGCGUUGUGUGUGUGUAUGGUGAGCGAGAAAGUCAACCAGCCACAGGGACUCAGAGGACAACUCUGGACUCCCCCACUGGUUUGGACUUCUCCGAAAUCAGUACCAACUCUUUCACUGUCCACUGGCUGGCUCCGACUUCUGCCAUCACUGGCUACCGCAUCCGCUAUCAGAAGACGAGCGGUGGGCGACCCAAGGAUGAAAGGCUGCCGCCAACCAGGACCUUCUUCACUUUGACUGGACUGACACCAGAGACAGAGUAUCUGAUACAUGUGUAUGCUGUCAGCAACAACCAGGAGAGCCUUCCUCUUUCUGGCACACAGGCCACCAUCUCUGACGCUCCCACUGACCUCAAGGUUACAUCUUCCACCCCCACCAGCAUCACCAUCCACUGGGAUGCCCCUUCUGUCUCAGUGAAGAACUACAGGAUUACCUACGGAGGAACAAGUGGCGAGUCUCCUCAGGAGUUCACGAUCCCAGGUACUCAGACCACCGCAACCAUCACGGGUCUGAAGCCUGGUACUGACUACACUAUCACAGUCUAUGCUGUCACCGGAAGAGGGGACAGCCCUGCCUCCAACACCCCGGUCUACAUCACGCACAGGACUGAUACCGAGGCCCCGCCUCAAAUGAAACUGACUGAUGUGAGUGACAAUGCCAUCACAGUGCGCUGGUCUCCUGCUCAGGGACCCGUCAGAGGCUACAGAAUCACCAGCGUCCCCAAGAAUGGUCUUGGACCCUCCUACUCCGAGGUGGUGGCCCCUGAUCAGACAGAAAUGACGUUCACAGGUCUGAUGCCCACUGUUGAGUAUGUUGUGAGUGUCUAUGCUCUGGGCAAUGAUGGACAGCCCUCUUCCCCUGUGGUGGAAAACGCUAUCACUGCUAUGGACCGCCCCAAAGACCUGAUCUUCUCUGACAUCGACUCCACCUCCAUGCGCAUCACUUGGGACAGUCCCGAUGGCACGGUCACAUCAUACCGCGUCCUGUACUCCAGCUCAGAGGAGGGCGAGAGAGAGGUGCGUCCUGCACCCCGAGGUGACCAGGACAGCGUGGUGCUGAGAGGUCUACGCCCUGGGACAGAGUACACUGUAAAAGUCAUAGCUCUCCAUGACCGCACACCCAGCAAACCGCUGGUGGGAACCCAAGCCACAGUAAUCCCUGCUCCGACCAGCCUUGUGGUCUCAGAUGUCAGUCCCUCCUCCUUCACUGUGUCAUGGCACGCCCCCAAUGCACGCCUGACUGGUUACCGUGUGGUCGUCAGCCCCAAGAAUAUCAACGGCCCCGCCAAAGAAAUGAACGUUGCCCCUGACACCACGCGUGUUGUUGUGCCAGGGCUCAUGGUGGCAACCACAUACCAGAUACAUGUCUACGCUCUGAAGAACUCUGUCACCAGCAGGCCGCUGGAGGGAGAGGCGACCACUCUGGAAGAUGUAAGUCCUCCUCGCCGUGUGCGUAUCUCUGAUGUGAAGGAUACAUCUUUCACACUCACCUGGCGCUCCAAGGCAGAAACCAUCACUGGUUACCUCAUCAGCGCCACGCCCGUUGUUGGCUCACACCCCACCAUCAGCAGAAACAUCCCAGGAGAAACAAACACCUACACUUUCACAGGUCUGCAGCCAAACACCAUGUACUCUGUUAGCCUGUAUACACUGAAUGGCCGUACAAAGAGCGCCCCAUUCACCCUCACGAUCCCGACAGCUGAACCAGUAGUCCAGGCUCCCACCAAACUCCAGUUCACAUCUCUAACCCCCACCUCCAUCUCCUUCAACUGGCAGCCACCUGCCACACCCAUCACGGGAUACUACAUCACCUAUGAGGAGUCAGGAGGAGCACCACGAGAGCUCACCCCACGGCCCCACGCUGGCCAAAACUAUGCCACCAUAACUGGCCUCAGACCAGCCACAGAGUACAUCAUCAAGAUCAUUGCCAUCCAGAACUCACUGAGGAGCACACCUCUGGUGGGCAACAUCCGGACUCAACCAGACUCCUUGCUUCCCCUGCCUCUGCCCCAGCCACACCGCCCUGGAGGUUCUGGUGACAGGCUGGAUGUGCCUGAAACUGACUUGGACAACACGGUCCAGGUCGUGGGCAACAAUGGCCAGGAUGGGCAUGGUGGUCAGAGCCACCGUGUGGAGUACACUGAGCACAACAACAAUGGAUACAACAGAUAUAAUGGGAACAGUGGCAACCCACAGUAUCCCAGUGGACAAGUUCGUGAGCCCCUGGUUUUUGUACCCCUUCCUGAUGCAGAGGGCCGCAGACGGCCCAUCCUGAAGCUGAACUUUCCCGUCGGAUCCACGUUUGGUAACGAGACAGGUGUGCCACAGGAGGCCCAGACCCAGACCACCAUCUCCUGGCAGCCUUACAGGCAGAGCAACGCCUACCUGGUGUCCUGCCAACCUCUCACAAAUGUGAACGAGAAGAUGUUCCAGUUCCGCCUGCCAGACACAGCCACCACUGCCACCCUGAUAGGACUCACCCCUGGAUCAAACUAUAAUGUGAUCGUGGAGGCUCUGCUUGGGGCACUCAAGCACAAGAUUCUGGAGCAGGUCAUCACUGCUGGAAACACAAUCCCAGAUACAGCGCCAUCCACUAAGGACUCUUGUUAUGAUGCCUUCACCGCAACCUACCAUGACGUUGGUAGUGAAUGGGAGCGGAUGUCUGAAACAGGCUUCAAGCUGUGGUGCAGGUGUCUGGGCCUGGGCAGUGGUCACUUCAGAUGUGAUUCGUCCAAGUGGUGCCACGACAGUGGCAACAACUAUCGCAUUGGGGAGAAGUGGGAUCGCCGUGCAGAAAACGGUCACUUGAUGAGCUGCACUUGCUUGGGAAAUGGCAAAGGAGAGUUCAAGUGUGAACCACAUGACUCAGUGUGCUACGAUGAUGGCAAAGCCUACCAGGUGGGAAACCAGUGGCAGAAGGAGUACCUGGGUGCCAUCUGUACCUGCACGUGCUUUGGAGGACAACAGGGCUGGCGAUGCGAGAACUGCCGCAGACCAGGUGCUGACGUGGAUGCCGAUCUGCUUCAGCCAGUUAGAUAUGGAGAUAAUUCCCUACGCAAAUUGAAUAUUCACUGCCCCAUCGAGUGCCUCCGACCUGACCUGCUGGCAGACGCACACGUUCCUCAGAAUCCCCGGGAGUAAACAAUCGGUCAUCUGACAUGUACUUUGUUGCCUCACCGUCCAUUCGCUGCACUGUCUCACCCUGUAGAAGCAACACUGUCUGCAACUGAACUAACUGCCUUGUGACUUUCUGACACCCGUUUAGCUGAAGAUGUUAAAACUGCCCUGCUGCCUGAUCAGAGUGAUCCUCUUCUAAAGCCAGUCUUUUCACUGUUGACUGUCAAGUCUCUAAAUCCAGGUUCCAUAGGACAAUGCAGACUGCUGCAUUUUCUUUCCUGCGUUACAUUUCCCUCCACUUGCUUCUCACCAGUCAUAAUCAUACCAUACUUUUGUUAAAUUGGCGUUUGUUCUCCAUAUUCUGAGACAUUGCCCAAAGAGCAGAAACUGUCAGAGAGUAAGCACUGUGUUAAAGAAUGUCAAUGUUGUUAUUAACAAAUGUUUGUCCAUGAAAAUGUGCGUUUUCUUUUCCGUAGCCCUUCUUGUUACUGAGGGGUCGCACUGCGUGUGAUUGACACAUUCUGAACUCAAAUGUCUUUUUACUAAUUUAUCCCUUUUAAUCUCAACUUGUGAAUGUGUGAACUGGGAUGUGAGAAUUUGAACUGUUCUAUUUUUGUAUUUUGUUAUCCGUGCCAAAGUUGUUUCUACUCUUGACAAGAGAAGUCCCUUAUUUUAAUAAAGCUGGAGAGAUCCUGAAACUCAA